GCCAGGUAUGGUGGCUCUGGAAGCGGUGUGCAAGCACUUUGGGAAUGAAGUGCAUCCAGAGUCAGAGUGGAUCUACAUGCAAAAGGAGCGGGAUUUCUUCAUGCACAUGCAGCUCUCCAGUGGGUUCUCAGAGCCCCUUCCGAAGGCAGAAGUCCCAGAGCACGGCACGAAGAGUUUGAAUUGCAUCACCUCCCCAGCCACAGCCAAUGUACGCUUUGGACAUCACCAGGCGCUGCUGUGGAAGAAGCUGCGAAUGGAUGAACCGACGGAGGUGCUUUCUCCCAAGCCUGUGAAGACAGGGAUGGAGAAGGUGUUGCCUGCACCAGGCCCAAGCCCUCUUGAAGCACCAGAACCUGUCGCCAUUGAGAUGCCAAGUCCCAGACCGCCGGCGACUCCCAGGAAGGCAGAACCAUCUCCUGAGGAGCAGUUUCGACGGAGGCCUCGAAUCAUUCUCAGUUCCAAUUCCCGGGUCUUCCAGAACUGCUGCACAGAGGUCACCAUGAACGAACGCCGGGCGGUGAAGGAGGCAAAAUCCAAGGCGGCAUCGCAGGGCGCCGUUGUGCGCGAGCCCUUGGUGACGCCUCGUGACCAGGGUCAGAGCCGCAGCAUUGCGAAGCGUCAUUGGCAGAAGGGCUUUGCCUUGGCCAAAGGUCUUGAGAAAGGUGCCAUGACGCCAAAGUCACCAUCCCCAGCCAAUCCACGGCCGCAGCGGGGAAGUGAUUCUUCAGCUGAGGCAUCUGCCACGAGGAGAGCAGCAACUAUGCCAUUGGCUCCAGCGAUUCCAGCAGAUUCAGCUCGCAAGAAUCGUCCUCGUCGAUUGAUGACCAGCCAACAGAGUCGCGAAAGCCGCACCCCCACGGAGGAGUUCAGUUUGAGCAUUGACAGCCGAACAUGGCGUAGCCGGCAGAGUUGAGAGCUUAGCCCGAACACGUGCGGUGUUCAAACCAGCACCUUCAUCCCUGAAGGGGAAGUGGGACGUGCUGACACCUCACCAUGAGACGGACAAAAGUCAGCAGACUUUCAAUCGGAAAUGAGUUCCCAUCCUGUGUCGCAUGGUGAGACUCCUCAGCUAACUCGCAAGAGGGAUGCCUGGGUGUUAAAC